AUGGCUCCAGAACUCAGGAAAAGAAAAGUCGCCUCUGGCUCACAGAAGAGCCAGGGGCCAACGACCAAGGCCCCGGAAAAGGCGUCCAAGGUGAAGCGAAAAGCUGCCGACGAUGCUUCGCCCAUGUCUUCGAAAAAGCAAAAGGCGACGAAGCCGACCUCGACUCGGGGCAAGGCAGCGGACAAGCUAUCCAAGGCAGACAAGGUAGACAAGGCAGAGACGCCGCCCAAGGCAGAGAAGCCCGCCAAUGCAGACAAGGCGGAGAAGCCUUCCAAGGCAGACAAGGAGGGGAAGCCAUCCAAGGCAGACAAGGAGGGGAAGCUAUUCAAGGCAGACAAGACGAAGAAGCUCACCAAGACGGCUGUGGCAGAAGAGAAAGGGGCCGAGGGUGUAUCCGCCGAAACCGCUCCAGACUCGGAGGGGCAGGAGGAUGACGGACCUGGGCAAGACGUUGGAGAAAUACCGGCCAUCUCCGAAGAUGUCUUGAAGGCAGCCAGGCCAUCAACGGGCGAGCGCGGCGUCAUCUACAUUGGCCGCAUUCCCCACGGUUUCUACGAACACGAAAUGAGGCAAUACCUGUCACAGUUUGGCCCCGUCAGCCGGGUGCGCCUCUCACGAAACAGAAAGACGGGCGCCAGCAAACACUUUGCCUUUGUCGAGUUCCAGAACGAAAGCACCGCCGAGAUCGUCACCAAGACCAUGGACAACUACUUGCUUUUUGGGCACAUUCUCAAGGUCAAGAUGGUUCCCAAGAGCCAGGUUCACGAGGAGCUGUUCAAGGGCGCCAACCGGAGGUUCAAGAAGGUGCCGUGGAACAAGAUGGCCGGCCAGAAGCUGGUAAAGCCGAGGACCCACUCUGCAUGGGAGGCAAAAGUCGAAAAGGAGCGUGCCAACCGAGCUCAGAGGGCUGACAAGCUCAAGGCCAUCGGCUACGAGUUUGAGGCCCCAGACUUGAAGGACGUGCCCGCCGCCGUGCCAGCCGAGGACGCGGAGACGAAGGCCGCACCCGCGGGCGACGGCGACGGCGACGGCGACGAGGCGAAGGGCGCUCCGGCGCAGGACGUGGAAGAGGAGGCACCGGAGGCAGAGGCGAAGACUUCACAUGCGCCCAAGACCCAGGCGCACAAGAAGGGAACCAAGCCUGGGAAAGCACGGAAAGCAAAGGCGUAA